GGUAUACCUACCUAAUCAAUAGGUACGCAAGGCACGUCUAGUGUUAGUACCUAGCGUCAUAACAUUAACAUGCUAAUAUACCAACCUAAUAUAAGGCUCACAAGUUAAGGGUGAAAGUUGCAAAUCUUGUGCAACGCUUGUAGUUCAAGCACGAUUGUUCCGUCAGUUUUUUGGCGGCAUUUAUAAAUUUCGACCCAAUGUUCAUGACGUUUAAGCCUCUGGAAUCGGAGCCGGGCAACGGACAUUACGUUCUCGAGUCUACCGCCUCACCUCUCAACAGACCACCGCAUAGGAUCUCCCGGUCAGCUUGUGUCUACUGCAGAUCGAAAAAGGUCAAAUGCACAGGUGAAGAAGAUGGGUGUCGGCGAUGUUCGGAUAAGCAGAUAGCAUGUUCAUACACCAGUCCUAGCCGGACUGGGAUAGAUAUGGUGCCAAAACGCCUUCCACGCCUGCGACGGGUUGCCAAAGAUGCGGAAGGCGACGUUCUAAGCCUGGGAGAUGACAUUGCUACCCCGCCAGGGGGACUUGAGCAGUCCUCCGACGUUGAGAUAACUCCGGCUUGGGAUUCCAUCAUAAUUGAUCCCGACCUGUUGGGUAUAGAUUUCGAUCUGACUCCAUCUGAUACGACACGCGACAAGCAAUCUGCGUAUACAAAUUCCAGCAGCUUGUUUUUCGACGGCUUUCAAGCCAGCGACGACACCACUGUUACUACCACCACCCCUAUAUCCACUAAUCAAAGCCCACUCAUGCAUGUAGCCAAUAGGCUCAGCACUGAUGACAUCGCCUUCCCUCUCAACCCGAGUCCGAUUCCAAGUCCAAACCACUCACACUCUCUCUGCUUGGAAAUGCUUCACGUGUUUGAAGUAGUCGAGAUAAGACUAACAUGGACGCAUCACACCAUCUCGAACCCGUCCACAUGCACAGUUAAUCCACGCACACCGCCAUUAUCUACAUCUAACGACGAAUUUAUAUGUCAGAAGGAGGUGCUGAGUAGUUGCGACAAGUGGCUCAACCAGGACGCGUCCUACAUCCAGUCCCGACAUGCCGUAUUAAUGAUUUCGAUUAUGGACCGGCUGCUGGCAAGCAUCCUGUUGAUGGCCGAGAUACCUGAAGGCCGGAAAGGUGUUGAUACACAAGCCACUACCAUAUCACCUGAUAGGUCCUUCAGCUAUGAGUCGAGGCAACCAUCCCGGGAUCAGCUCGUGUCUUCCGUGGAGGCAGGCCACAGUCUUCAGCCUGACCACCAGAGUAUGAAUGAUGAGGAGAGAAUCCACGUUUUUAAAAGUCUUUUGAACUUCCGCGCUUCCCGACUCCGGGGAUUACUAGAGGGACUAAGGGCGAUAACGGCGUUGAAUCGAUGGCAGAUGCAGACGAAUAUGGUGCAGCAUCUUCUAGACCGGCUGUCCAAGCAUUGCGACCUACUAUGACUUGAAUCCAGGGACCGCUAGCCCGAAAUAAUGAGAAUAAAAUAUAAAAAAAAUGAAACGACAUAAAAAUAGGAAGCAGGUCCCUUAUAAUAUCCUUUUUCAAUAUUACAACAUGGCCGAAUUUGUACCUAUGCUCGCCCCUCUGUCAUAUUGCCAUUGCUCAUCCAGCUAGCGACAUCUUUCACUAUGUGAACUUGGCCGUAGAGAUCAGUCACGUCCCAGAACAUGGUCCAAAUAUCCAUCUGGCGACGUCUUCCAAUGCUCUGCAAUGCUCUGCAUCCCAUCUCC